UCUCUCUUCCUCUGUUGUUUCUCUCUCCUCCACCUCACACACUUCCACUCUCUCAAAAGGAGCAAACUUUCAUUUCAUUUGCUUUUCCCUCGCACUCACUCGGAAAUUUCCGAUUUUUCUACCUUCUUUCAUUUAAUUUCCCUUCCUUGCAGUUUUCUGUUGUAGAUUUUCUUUGAAAUUUACAGUGUUUGCAGUGCUCCUUUUACGUUACUGCUGGACACAUUCAUUACUUUCAUGGCUGUGCUGCUGCUUUUCUUCAUGUUGCCACUUUCUAUUUCUGCAUCCGGGGAUGCUUUUAUUGGUGUCAACAUUGGUUCAGAUAUAUCUGACAUGCCCGGUCCAACAGAGAUUGUUGCUCUUCUGAAGGCUCAAAGUAUCCAACAUGUCAGACUCUAUGAUGCUGACCAAGCCUUACUUCUUGCACUUGCCAACACAGGAAUUCGUGUAACUGUUUCUGUUCCCAAUGACCAGCUACUUGGCAUUGGUCAGUCCAAUGCCACUGCAGCAAACUGGGUUACUCGAAAUGUCAUAGCUCAUGUCCCUGCUACCAACAUCACUGCCAUAUGUGUUGGAUCUGAGGUCCUAACUACCCUCCCAAAUGCAGCCCCUAUUCUAGUCUCUGCCAUAAAUUUCAUUCACUCUGCUCUUGUUGCUGCUAAUCUAGACCGGCAAAUUAAAGUCUCUAGCCCGCACUCUUCUUCUAUCAUCCUUGACUCUUUCCCACCUUCCCAAGCAUUUUUCAACCGUACAUGGAAUCCAGUCAUGGUUCCCAUGUUUAAAUUUUUGCAAUCAACAGGUUCAUGUCUUAUGCUCAAUGUGUAUCCAUAUUAUGAUUACCAGCAGUCCAAUGGUGUAAUCCCACUGGAUUAUGCUUUAUUCCGCCCCCUACCUCCAAAUAAGGAAGCUGUUGAUUCCAACACUCUGCUGCAUUAUACUAAUGUUUUUGAUGCAGUUGUGGAUGCUGCUUAUUUUGCAAUGUCAGAUUUGAACUUUACCAAUAUUCCUAUUAUGGUGACUGAGUCAGGAUGGCCCUCCAAAGGUGACUCAUCUGAACCUGAUGCAACUGUUGAUAAUGCUAACACUUACAACAGUAACUUGAUCAGACAUGUCCUUAACAAUACGGGGACUCCUAAACAUCCUGGAAUUGCAGUUAGUACAUUUAUUUAUGAGCUUUAUAAUGAAGACUUAAGAUCAGGUCCAGUCUCAGAAAAGAACUGGGGGCUAUUUUAUGCUAAUGGAGAACCAGUGUAUACCUUACACUUGACUGGUGCUGGUAUUUUAUUUGCAAAUGAUACAACAAACCAAACCUUUUGUGUCACAAAGAGUAAUGCUGACCCUAAGAUGUUACAGGCAGCACUUGAUUGGGCUUGUGGACCAGGGAAGGUGGAUUGCUCCCCUUUGCUGCAAGGUCAACCAUGUUAUGAACCUGAUAAUGUAGUUGCACAUUCUACAUAUGCUUUCAAUGCAUAUUAUCAGAAGAUGGAUAAAUCACCUGGGAGUUGCGAUUUCAAAGGAGUUGCCACUGUCACUACCACAGACCCAAGUCAUGGUUCUUGUAUAUUUCCUGGAAGUCAUGGUAGAAAGGGAACCAGAACAAAUGGCACAUCACUGGCCCCAUCUAAUUCCACAAGUUCGGGCUGCUUGUCACAAUACCACUACAAUGGUGGAUUUUUCACAAGCUCGUUGAUUCUAGUUCUACUUUUGUGUGCAGUUGUGUAAAACUAGGCUUAUCUUCUGUUCAUCUUUGGAAUAUAAUUAAUGGUGGCAUUCUCUUCCGUCUUCUGGAAGAUUGCGUCACAGCAUAUCUUAUUUAGUGUUCCUCCUAGAAAUUAUUUGAGUUGUCCAAUUGAUCAAAAUGUAUAACGGCAAUUGUAUCAUGAGUUGUCCAUUGAAUUUUGUACAAACAGACCAGAGUAAUUAUUUGACAUCAUUGCUGUAAACAUAGUUUUCCCCCCUUAUAAA